AUGAUCUCCUCAAGCCAAAGCGUCAGCCAAAAGCGUCAGCAGCACUGGCGAUCCGUGCCGCUCAACCAGGGGCUUGCACUGUUGCAAAUAUCCUGCAAUUGUUCGACGGACAAUCUGGACCGAAGGGAGCGCGUCCAACGGACUGAAGUUUCUGGGAGAGGCGGAGAAGUGAAGAAGGCGCGCCGGUGGGGGAAUUUUAAAAGCCCCGGGACGUCCUCUUCUCCUGUUCUACUGCUGCUCUCGCUGUUCUCAAGACCAAGUACUUCUGCCCUCGAGACCAAUUUAUACAGAAACCUCUCUCCAGAUCCAGGUCUAUUUUCACACUCCAAGUCUCCGUCACAAUGCCCAACAGCAGCUACGGCAGUUAGACCUACAAAUCCUCUGGCACCAACAGCCAGGGAAACCACUAUUGCUCGCGCGACUACGGCUCCGGAGCUGCCAACAGCAACUCCUAUCACUACUCCAACACCAACGGCUCGUACUAUUAUAGCAACCCAAAUGGGAGCACGUACUACAACAGCGGCCAGGGGAGCUCAACCUAUACCUCCCCAAGCGGCAACGUCUCCAAGUCCAGUGGCGGAAAGCAAAGUUGACCGAAGAUCUCGUCUCUCCGCCGUCGUAAGAAACAGCAUGAGGCGAGCCCGUCUGCUCCGUUCAACGGACUUCCGAUGAUUGUUGAAGCCACAACAGUGCUGGCAUGGGUGUUAGCAUGCCCCGUGUUGUCUUUUAACUGGAAGAAGAAAGAAAAACUCAUUCAUGUCUUUGUACUUUCUAUUUCCCAGAGUUUUUGACUGCAAAUUGAUGGGAUCCUAGCAAAUGAUAUGAAUCGACUCUAGUUUUUUUUCUCGUGA